AUAAAUAGCGCACACUUUUAUGUACGCUAUGAAUUCUCUCUAUUACGUAACAGAUUUCUAUUUUUUCCUUCAUCUUCGCCUAGUAGAUUGAAAGAAUGUACCGCGCAAUAAGAGAAAUUUCUCGCUGUUUUUCAUCCGUGGCUCGACAAAAGAAUGUUGACUCAAAAAAAUUGCAGAAUUCUUCAUAUACUGUUAGAUCGGUUAGAAGUAAAGACAUUCCAGAAUUAGCAGAACUAGCACGUGAAAAUUUCUUUCAAUUUCCAGUCUCAAGCUUAAAAUUUUGGUCUCAGCUCGAUCCUGAUGGAAUCAAAGUAGCUGUGAAUCAAGUUGGAAAGGUGGUAGGCGUAUGUUCUACAGUCAAGAAUAGCGAGAACUUAUAUUUUGGAGGCAUGUUUAUUGUACAAGAAAAAAGUAGAGACGCAGAUGUGGGGCGAAAGCUAACUAACGAAUGUCAUGAACAUGCUGGCAACAGCAACAUUGGAGUCAACUGCAGCAGAACAAAGAUGGGAUUAUUCAAGCGAAGAGGUGUAGAAAUAAUCGAAACCGACUGGAAGUCUCUUGAAUACGAAACAUAUAAUCCAGUGAAACCAUGUGUGCUAUCAGAUGAUCUUCCCGCAGGAGUUGAAAUUCUACCUUUCCAAGCAUCAUAUAUGGAAGCAGUACUUACUUACGACCGUUUACUUGUAGGUUAUGAGAGAAGAUCCACCAUCGAAACAAGCUGUACUGAUAAAGAAUGCAGUAAAACAUUGGUUGCUAUGAAGGAUGGAAGAUGUGUGGGAUUUGGUUCCAUUAAGUUAAAUAUCCUAGGGUUAGGACGUGUUGGGCCAUUGUAUGCAGAUGAUGCUUCUAUUGCAGAAGCAAUGGUGAAAAGACUCAUUACCGAUAUGCCAGAAGCAAACGGAUUCACAAUGGUAACAGUCAGUAGCAACAUACUUGGUAAUAUGAUACUUGAAAAAUUGCAAAUACCAGUUCAUGACAAUAUAUACAGGUUGUACAAGAAAGAAAAACUGAAGGUAGAUACUAACAAAAUAUUCGCACAUUUUGAUAUCGAUUUUUCAUUUUUCUGAUGUUUGAAAUAAUUACAAGGCAAAUUUGAGCUUACAAGCUGAAAGUGAUAUCGAAUAGAGUUUCAAGAUUAAUAUGCAUCUUAGGAAUUUGAGAUAGCUAUUACUUUAAACGAAAUUAAGUGAAGAAACUAUGCAUUAUUUCUUUAACAAGAUAAUCCUAUUUAGAAGUAAUGUAUAUGAUAAUUGGAAAUUCAUUUUGGGACAAGAUUUCUUCUUGGGAAUACAAAAGCACUAUUGAAUCUCAAAAAUCUUGUCUAUACAUAAAUCUUAUCUUGGUAUAUCCAAUAUUCAAAAGUGGAUAAUGUUGAAAUUUAAGUCACACUUUUUAUUUGAUGAUUGAUUCCUUUCUGAUAAUAACACUUUUUAUUGUAAUGUAAAUAAGAAACUAAUUCAAUAAAACUUAUUUAAUAUAACCAAAAAUUGAUAAAGUUCCGAAAUAAAAAUAAAAUUUUUUAAAUAAUGUUUGCAAAGAAAUCAAUCUGCAAUCUCUUCAUCUUAUUAAUAAAACAACUGGUUAUUAAUAGAUUAACUGGUAGUGAUUUCAACUCAAUCAUUGCAAAGUAUAUGCACUGCAUAGUUAAGAAAUUUAUAUUUAUAAAAUCA